GGUUUGGAUCUCCCCUUCCUCGGGACUGUAAGCCAUAGUAUUUGGCUGUGAGAGCCUGACUCUUAUCUCUCCUACCUCCUUGGACACCCCCACUCACCAAGUCAGCCAGUGGUGAGAGGUACAUGCUGAUGGUGAAGACACUGCAGAAGAGGCCCAACUGCUGAAGCCGGGCCUCAAGGUUGGGUACCAGGAGCCAAAAGUAGCUAUAACCCAGGAGAAGGACCCCUAGCAGGGUUGCAGUCUGUAGGAGCACAACACGCUGCAGGGGAGAGAGUAGCCUUACUUCCAGAUGUGCACUCUGACUUCCCUGCUAGAGUUAAUUCAUCCUGCCUUCUCCCAUGCUCCAAUGGGGAAGCCAAACUGUCUAGGCCUCUAGCACUGCACUGUCACAGCUUCUUUCCCACCACCAACUUGAUAGGAAAGUCUUAUCCACCCACAACACUGGAGACUUCUGGGGGAGAUAAAGAUGUGUUUUUUUCUGUAUGCUUGGCACACACAGUAGGAGCUUCAUAAAUGCUUGUGUGAUUGAGCAGGGAAGCAGAGCUAAUCAUCUCAUUCUCACCCACGGGCCCUGGCUCUAAAGAAGUAUCAGAGACAAAAGCCCUUUCCCCUUAGCUUAUUGGCUGAAGCCCAGGGUGGGCAGCAUAGGCAUCUCAGGCUAGGCAGAGCUACCAGCCUUGCCUAAAUGGGGGCAAUGUGUUAAUCUCAGAAGGCUGGCUUCAUAGAGGAAGGGAACCUGCAAGGCUGGAGAGGCCUUCCUGGAAAGGGUGGCAGUGCCAGCUGUUACAGUCUUCUAGGAAAUAGUGUUUGCCCUGCCAGCAAGGCAGGGCAUGCAGCAGAUAGGUGGGUCCAAGGGAGGGCCUCUACCUUCCGAGGGCAGUAAUGCAGAUAUGCCAAGAUAUACAGGGUCUGAAGCGCAGCACCCACUGUGUUGACGACGAUGAGGAUCCCGUCUCCCUUCAAAGCCCCAUAACUCAGCCAGCCCAGGUUGCUGCAGGGUGGAGGGGAUGGACAUGGCUCAAAGGGUUCAGUGUGAGAGAAGGACCCAAAGGUCUUUCACUCUUUUUUUUUUUUUUGAGACGUAGUCUCGCUCUGUCGCCCAGGCUGGAGUGCGUGGCGCGAUCUCGGCUCACUGCAAGCUCCGCCUCCCGGGUUCACGCCAUUCUCCUGCCUCAGCCUCCCGAGUAGCUGGGACUACAGGCGCCCAGCACCACGCCCGGCUAAUUUUUUGUAUUUUCAGUAGAGACGGGGUUUCACCGUGUUAGCCAGUAUGGUCUGGAUCGCCUGACCUCGUGAUCCGCCCGUCUCGGCCUCCCAAAGUGCAGGGAUUACAGGCGUGAGCCACCGCGCCCGGCCAAGCCUCUUUCACUCUUGCUCCUCCUGCCCCGCCCCCACCUCCCUCUGAUAGCCUUUCCCACUACCGCAGCCGUCGCCCCCUCACUUGACUUCCGUGGUGAGAAAGGGCAGGAACUGGACGUUGUCCACACUCCGGGUCAUUCGCAUGUGCCUGAGGUCCGAGCUGUAAUGGGGCCCCGAAGGGAGGGGUGAGGGGUGGGAAGGGAGAAGCAGAGUGCUUGAGGGGGAUGCCCAAUGCCUGUCAUCCUUUCCGGACCAGCGCAGACCCCGCACCCCCUCUCCUCCGCCAGCUACCCUGCCUUCUCCCUCAGGCCUAGUGACCAGCCUCGCCCUUGUACCCCGGUCCCCUCGACCCGAUCCCACUUUGAUCCUGGUUCCGGACGAGCGAGGUGCUGUGACCACGUCUCUGCCCGCUCUCUCUCCUUUCCUGACUGCCUAGUCCUCCCCAACCCAGCCAGGCCGCACUCUCACAGGCCGGCGGAGAACAUGCCAAGGGUGAAGACCACGCAUGCUCCGUAAACGAGCGAGUCCAGAAAGCCGCCCGCCUCCAUCACGACUAGAGUCGGAUCCCGCGUCCAGCGCCGGCCGCAAGCCUGCGGUUGCCGGGACCUACUGCAGCCCGGACCUGCGGCGCUGGAGCCCCGCUCCGCGCACUCGGCUCCGCCCCCGCGCGCUCGGCCCGUCCCUCCGGAAACUGCGUCGAAGCCCCACCCUCCCUCCGACCCCGAACCGGAACUCGCGCCCCUCUCCUCCGAGCGCCUGCCCAGUGCCCUGGUCCAGACCUCCUCCGUGUCCCGGCCCGUGCGCCUUCGGCGGUGGACCUCCAAACAGAAGCUUGCUAGUUUAACCAGACUUCAGCACGCUUUCCAUCCAGAGCUCCACAUCAGAACCCCAGUUGCGCAGGCUUUGGGAAGUUUUUUUCUGGAGUUUGCUGCCGAAGCCUUUUUUUCAAAAUAACACAUUGCCAGGAAUC